AAGACAGUAGUAUCAAUCCAAAAAAUGGAAGAGUCAAUAUGACAAUUUUGAUUGAGGAUAUCAACGAUAAUACACCCGUCUUCGAAAAAUCUAAUUACAAAGCGGUCGUUUCCGAAUCCAGCCCAAUAGGAUUCACACUUGCAACUGUUAAAGCAACCGACAGCGAUGGCACAUUCCCGAACAAUGAAGUUGUAUAUACAUUUACUGGCGGAAACACAAACGAUGCUUUUAGAAUCGACUCAACAACUGGUAACAUUGCAAUAGCGAAGCAACUUGAUGGAUACAAUAUCACCCCACAGUAUGAACUGAUCAUUCUUGGCGUAGACGGAGGUACCGACCCUUCUCCGCUGACAGGAACAACCACAAUGCUUGUAAAAAUCUUCGACG